CAGAUGCGCAAAGACCCCUACGCCAACCUCAUGCUGCAGCGGGAAAAGGACUGGGUGUCCAAGAUCCAGAUGAUGCAGCUGCAGAGCACUGAUCCCUACCUGGAUGAUUAUUACUACCAGAAUUACUUCCAGAAGCUGGAAAAGUUGUCAGCAGCAGAGGAAGUCCACGGUGACGGUCCCAAGAAGGAACGCACUAAACUCAUCACGCCUCAGGUGGCGAAGCUGGAGCAUGCCUACAAGCCAGUGCAGUUCGAGGGUUCGCUGGGGAAACUCACGGUCUCCAGCGUGAACAAUCCCCGGAAGAUGAUCGACGCGGUGGUGACCUCCCGCGGCGAGGAUGACGAGACGAAGGAGAAGCAGGUUCGAGACAAGAGGCGCCAGACCCUUGUCACGAUCGAGAAGACGUACAGCCUCCUCCUGGACGUGGAGGACUACGAGAGACGCUACCUCCUGAGCCUGGAAGGCGAGCGGCCGGCCCUGAUGGGCGAGAGGAAGCAGAAGAUCUGUGAUAUGUAUGACAAUCUGAGGGGGAAGGCGCCCGGGCAGGAGAGGCCGAGCGAUGACCACUUCAUGCAGAUCAUGUGCAUCCGGAAAGGGAAACGUCUCGUUGCCCGGAUCCUCCCCUUCUUGUCACCCGAGCAAGCGGCCGACGUACUCAUGGCGACGGCCAGAAACCUGCCCUUCCUCAUCAAGAAGGAUGCUCAGGACGAGGUGCUGCCCUGCCUGUUGAGGCCCUUCUCGCACGUUCUCUACCACCUUCCCUUGGGGACGGUCACCAGCCUUGUGCAGCAGCUAACGAACCUACCUCAGAGCGCGACCGCGUCGGCGCCCACCAACCUGCACCUCGCUGCUGUGCUCCAAAACAAG